GCAACCUUCCCUUCCACACGAUCCGGAGCCUUACCACCAACGCCAUUUCAUUCCGGCUGCGGCGGCGCGAGGGGGUGGGGAGGACCGGUCGACCGGAGGAGGCAGCCGGAGAGGAAGCGAACCAGCUCUAGUCUCCAACUCGUCAGGCGGCGGCGGCGGCGGCAGCAGCCAUGUCGGCGCACCUCCGCCUCCUCUCGGCCGCCCACCCCAUCCCCGCCCCCGCUGCCGCACCCACUAACCUCCGCCGCCUCCAACUCCCUGCUCCUCCUCUUCCCGCGGCCCGCCUCCGCCUGCUCCGGGCGACGCGGCUGGAGGAGAGCCGGGGCUCCUCCCGCGCCGGUCCCUGCCGCUGCGCCGGCUCGGCCGUCGCGCGGGUCGGCGACGACGGUGGGGACCAGGCGGCGGGGAUAUGGGAGCAGGUGCGGGACAUCGUCGUGUUCGCGGGCCCGGCGCUGGGGCUCUGGAUCUGCGGCCCGCUCAUGAGCCUCAUCGACACCAUGGUCAUCGGCCAGACCUCCGCACUCCAGCUCGCCGCGCUAGGGCCUGGGACAGUGUUCUGCGACUACCUAAGCUACAUAUUCAUGUUCCUUUCGGUUGCGACCUCUAACAUGGUGGCCACAUCCUUAGCUAAAAAGGAUAAAGAACUUGCACAGCAUCAAGUGUCUAUGUUGCUGUUUAUUGCUCUUGCUUGUGGCAUAGGAAUGUUUUUGUUCACCAAGGUUUUUGGUACUCAAGUAUUGACUGCUUUUACUGGAUCAGGGAAUUAUGAAAUUGUCACUUCGGCCAAUACAUAUGCACAGAUAAGAGGCUUUGCAUGGCCUGCAGUUCUUGUUGGCUUAGUUGCUCAAAGUGCUAGCCUGGGCGUGAAGGAUUCUUGGGGUCCUUUGAAGGCAUUAGCAGCAGCUAGUGUUAUAAAUGGUGUUGGUGAUAUAGUUCUUUGCUCUGUUUGUGGCUAUGGAAUUGCUGGUGCGGCCUGGGCAACUAUGGUUUCACAGAUUGUUGCAGCUUUCAUGAUGAUGCGGAAUCUAAACAAUAAGGGUUUUCGAGCUUUCUCAUUUACGAUUCCUUCAGCGAGAGAGCUGCUGCAGAUAUUUGAAAUUGCAGCUCCUGUUUUUGUGACAAUGACAUCCAAGGUAGCAUUUUAUGCAUUGCUCACAUAUUCAGCGACUUCUAUGGGAGCAAUAACUCUUGCAGCCCACCAGGUUAUGAUUAAUAUCUUAUGCAUGUGUACUGUUUGGGGUGAGCCUCUGUCACAAACUGCACAGUCAUUCAUGCCGGAGCUGAUAUAUGGUGCUAAUCGUAAUUUGACCAAGGCAAGGAUGCUAUUGAAGUCACUUGUGAUCAUUGGAGCGAUUACUGGAGCGGUUUUGGGUACAGUAGGGACACUUGUUCCAUGGCUUUUCCCCAGUCUCUUUACCAAUGACAGAAUGGUUGUCCAACAGAUGCACAUAAUACUGGCUCCAUAUUUCAGUGCAUUGCUGGUGACUCCUUCAGUACACUCCCUUGAAGGAACAUUAUUGGCCGGAAGGGAUCUGAGAUAUUUAAGUCAAUCAAUGAGUGUAUGCUUUUGCAUUGGAACCCUUCUAUUGAUGGUUCUCCGCAACAAAUUUGGUAGUUUGCCAGGAUGCUGGUGGAUACUCGUCUUGUUUCAGUGGGGUCGGUUUGCAAGUGGUUUUCAACGGCUCAUUUCUCCAACGGGCAUGUUGUACAAUGAAAACUUUAACCAGGUUGAGUACAUCAAAACGAAGGCCACGUGAAGAUGGCACAUACCAUUUUGGAUAUUUGGAUUGGGUAAGAUCACGAUGAAGAUGGAAAUGGAGAUAUGCAAACCUGUAAAGAUCAUUGAGCUAUCAUCUUUGUGCCAUAGCCCAUAAGUUGUCCACUCAGCCCAGCUCUAUGUCUGCGGGAUGUGCAUGAGUAGCGGAUGAUAUUUCUUUGGAAGCAAAGUUUGAUGCGUAGCCUAGGAGAUUAGGGCCAUGAAAGACAAGUUGGCUACCUGGGGUAGAACUCAUCCUUUUGUUCAGUAUUUUUCGUCCUAGGAAAGUAGGAAUUAUACUCGAUAGGUUCCUGGUACUGAGAAAGGUAAUGAUUACACUGUCAAACACUUGACGCCGUAAGUUUGGAGUUACGUGAGCGCUUACAGGGUGUCCUAUUGAUUUAUUUUUAAGAAGUACGAGAUGCUUAAUACCAUGGAAAUUGUUCAGAGAUACUGGGAAGUGAGAUUGCAAGAAUGCUA